AUGGGCAGUUUUACCGAGUUUUUGGGAGAAUUGAAGGAAACAUUCGUGCCAACGGUCGCACAUGCGAUUGAUACAUCCCCUGAACAACCCAGUAAGAACCACGACAAUGUAGCAGAGCCAGAAGUGGGCGAUGACAGUGAUUCUGAAGAGGACUCGAACGACAAGGAAGAUGGUGAUGCCGAAGAGGAAGGUGAGGAAGAAGAAGAGGAUGAGGACGAAGAUGAAGACGAGGACGAAGAUGAUGAAGACGAGGAAGAAGAAGAACUAAAAGACCAGUUGGACGAGCUCAAAGAGGAGUGCAAGAACAAAGAAGACGCAAAGCCUUUGGUACACCACUACAUGGAAUGUGUGGAAAGAGUGCAGAAGGCACAGGAAGAGCCUGGAUACGCCGAUUCCGAAAAUAAAGAGGACUGUGUCGAGGAGUUUUUCCACUUGCAGCACCAUCUCGACGGCUGUAUCGCUCCAAGACUGUUCGACAGACUGAAAUAA